CGUACGUUACUGGUACUUAAAAAAAAAAAAGUACGGCUCUGGAAACUGUUCCCAUGGUAGCGCCCUAACACAAGAGGUACUUUGCUACAAGUCUCCUGUUACUGUACUGUGGGAAAUUGGUUAUAUUUUCUUUGAAGCAACAUGGUGAGUAAGAAGAAGGAAAUAGGUUUGCAGGUCAAUAUCAAUAACCAGGAGCUUUGGGAGGAAAUGCUCAGUUCCAAAGGAUUAACAGUGGUUGAUGUCUACCAAAGCUGGUGUGGACCUUGCAAACCUGUGGUCAGUCUCUUCAGGAAAAUAAAACUUGAAGUUGGAAAUGACCUUCAUUUUGCUACGGCAGAAGCAGAUUGCCUCGAUAUUUUGGAAAAAUAUCGAGGAAAGUGUGAACCUACCUUUCUUUUUUAUGCAGGUGGAGAAUUAGUGGCUGUGGUAAGAGGAGCAAAUGGACCAUUAUUGCACAAAACUAUUCUAGAUCAGCUGGAGGCAGAGAAUAAGGUUUUGGAACAAGGCAGUGAACGGAAAGUGAUUAAAGAUGCCGCCAUUUCCAUCAAAGAAGAAAUUAUUUCCGAAGACCAGGAAUAUGAAGAAGAUGAAAUAGUGUCACUUGAAAAAUCCUGCACACUGGCAAUUAUUAAACCAGAUGCGGUGGCACAUGGGAAGGUGGAUGAGAUCAUUGUAAAGAUUCAGGAAGCUGGGUUUGAGAUUUUAACUAAUGAAGAAAGAAUCCUGACAGAGUCUGAAACAAGAUACCUUUACCAAAAGAGAUCUGAAGAGGAAAUCUUUGAAAAGCUAGUUCAGCAUAUGUCGAAUGGACCGUGUCGGCUACUCAUAAUCUCAUGGCCAGAAAAUGAUAAAGAUGUAGUUGCUGUGAGAGACUUCAUUGGUCCAAGUGAUAUUGAAGCUGCUAAGAGGGAAAAUCCUGAAAGUCUCCGGGCUCAGUAUGGAACAAUAAUGCCAUUUAAUGCUGUCCAUGGCAGUGAGAACAGAGAACAAGCCAACAGGGAGCGUGAAUUCUUUUUCCCAAAUUUUAAAAUUUCAGGAAGUGAUGCUGACAAAGUACCAAGGGAAGAAAUUCUACAGUGAACAAACCCAUGGAUUAAGAGUACUCUCCUCUUCUUCUGGAAAUGACUAGAUGUGACCCCACAAGCCCUAAUUCAGAUUUGCUAUCUUCAGAUAUAGAAGGACAUUUAAAUGUUUUUAAAUUCUAUUUUUAAUUUAUGAAAUAAAACAAGCAUCUCCAUAACAUUAGAAUUAAAAAUGAU